UAUUCUCUAAAAUAUUUUUUAUUUUAAAUUUGACUACACAUCCAAAAUUAUUUUUUUGUUUAAAUGCAAAAUUUAGCUGCGUCAGCAAAUCUACAGCUUUUCUCGAAGGCUCUUCAAGAAACUGCCCAACAACCAAACGACACUUCAGAACAUAAACAACAGCAGCAGCAAAACCCUGUAAUUUCUGCUGCCGAUUUGCAACAUUAUAUGUUUCCUCAUUUGGAAAAUCAUUUGGAUCAGGCAAGUUUUAAAAAAAUUUUUUUCAUUUUUUUCCGAUCUUUUCUUUUCCUAUUUCUAAAUUCUUGACAUUUGGUAAUUAAAUAAUUUUGAUUGGUGUUGCUAAAAUUGCGAACGAUAUUGCCGGAUAUGACAAUAGCGUUAUAAAAUUUAGGAAAAAAACGUAAAAAAUUAAUGAAGUAAAAGAGCCUGCUUUGAAGUGCCUAUUAAAAUAGGUUCCAUAUGACCCUGUAAUUUUGCCAUAGUAUGAACCCUUCAGUUUUUCAGUUGAUUUUUGGAUUGAUAUGGCGCUAAAAAAUAUUUGAAAUUAAAUUUAAAAAAUAUUUUAACUUUAUAUCCGCAAUUGUCGUUCGCAAUUAGUCGCAUCCACAAUUGUCGCAACACCAUUUUGACUUGUUUUAAUUUUUCUCUCUUUUUUCUAUUUUUCAAAUUUAAAGGA